GCCUUCUCUGAGAGGAGGGGCGGGGCGCGGGGCGGAGCGAGCAGCGGCGGAUUGGCGGGCACGCCCCCUCGCCCGCGGCCCCCUCCUCGCUUCUCUCCACUGCCUCCUCUGGCUCCCCGGUCAGAGGGCCGGAGCGAGAAGAUGGCGAAGACGUACGAUUAUCUCUUCAAGCUGCUGCUGAUCGGCGACUCGGGGGUGGGCAAGACCUGCCUCCUGUUCCGCUUCUCAGAGGACGCCUUCAACACCACCUUCAUCUCCACCAUCGGAAUUGAUUUUAAAAUCAGAACGAUAGAACUAGAUGGAAAGAAAAUUAAGCUUCAGAUAUGGGACACAGCGGGUCAGGAAAGAUUCCGAACAAUCACAACGGCGUACUACAGAGGAGCCAUGGGCAUUAUGCUGGUCUAUGACAUCACAAAUGAAAAAUCCUUUGACAAUAUUAAAAAUUGGAUCAGAAACAUUGAAGAGCAUGCCUCUUCCGAUGUUGAAAGAAUGAUCCUGGGUAACAAAUGUGAUAUGAAUGACAAAAGACAAGUGUCAAAAGAAAGAGGGGAGAAGCUAGCAAUUGACUAUGGGAUUAAAUUCUUGGAGACAAGCGCAAAAUCCAGUGCAAAUGUAGAAGAGAAUGACAGCAAUUCAGCAGGAGCAGGUGGACCAGUGAAAAUAACAGAAAACCGAUCAAAGAAGACCAGUUUCUUUCGUUGCUCACUACUUUGAUGAACUCUUUCUGAGAGACUGCAGCACACCUAGAGGGCCCUUUCCUGCUUCUCUGAAAGCACAGGUCACCCAGCCUCAGAAUCACACCUCCCGGCUGCUGCUGAGAGCACCACUGAACUUAGACCUCUCAACACAGAAUGCCAAGUGGAUUCCAGCCUCAUGGCCUAGCAAAAGAACAGGCUGCUUUUUUCAAACAUGGAAGCAAUGAAGUGGAGACACAUGCAGGACCUAACUCGUUUUUUCCUUGUUUUAGUACCUGUUGCAGAAGUUAUCUUUCUUUUUUACUUUGCACAUCAGUGUUAGCCUUUCCCUAUUUCAGCACAAUCUUAGACUCAUGUUUGCACACUUUUGUGUCAUGAAGUUCUAGACAAAAUUGUACGUGUGGCAAUGUUAAAAGCAGAGCAUUUACGGCAGAGGUUAAUAUACUAAAAGGGUAUUUGGUCUGGUUCAUAUGGUCAAAUAUUACUGCCUUGGUAGCAUUUAUUUAAGGGCUUUUUCUUAAAUAAGAAUCAUUAAAGUCAUUAAAAAAUUUUACUGAAAUGCCCAUCUAGUCAUCAAAGGCCACAAUUUCUUUAUUUCUUCAGAUUGUUAAGAGCUUUGCUCCUUCCUGACCUGUUUGCCAGAGUCUGGGUAGCUGAAUGAAUCACUUUUUAAAAUGAUUACCUCUGCCUAAUCUAUAGAAACUGCAUUUGGAAAUCACCAUAAUCUCAUUUUUCCCUGGGGUUUGUAUUUGCUAUUCUUUUCCAUGUUUGACUUACUGUAAUCACUCAGUUACCUAAAACUAAUAACACAUUCGAACAUUAUUAUCUGUUUCUAUUUGUGAACUUGUUGAGCUGAAAUUUUACGUGGGCUGAGAGAUAGACCAUUUAGGGUUUUAGUCCAGCGUCUAACUGUGAUUCUGUCAAUAAGGAUAUGUAAUAGAUUUUUUCUUAGGCUCACUCCUUAGCUGGCUGGUUUAGUUGUAAUACCAAAUUCCUGCCAUAAUCCCUGUCUACAAAAGUUAGGUUUAGAUUUUAGUUUGUGGAAAGCUUACCUAUAUAAAGACAGAUUAACUUGUUGAUAUAAAUUUAAUAGAGCUAGCUCUUGGUGAUGGUGAAAAUAAUGACUUUUGGUUGGUUUUAUUUGGGAGGUAUUUUUAGAAAUAAAAGUACUUAGAUCUAGUGUAGCCUCUAGGAAAAGUCUUGCCUUUUCAUUAGAGAAAACAGGACCAAGGUUUCAGUUUUCAAACAGCUGUUGUUGAAUGUGUAGAACCCAGUUCCAUCUGUUUUGGUUCAUUGUUAUAGAACUUAGUCUAGUCAUCUGGGCUAAAGCCGACCAAAAGCUUAGUUGCCUUUCUCAGUAAACACUGGUACUGGUAUACUUGUGUAGAUAAAACCAUCAUAAGGUAUUUAGUGUUAACUUAUGUGCCAAAUUCAGAUCACUAUGUCAUUGCUGUUACUCUAGCCUUCAGUGUCAUAACGCAGAGGGGGGAUAAUACCGAGGGGAUGAGGGAAAUGAAUUCUGUUAAUAAUUAUUCUUCCUGGUAUGCCUGUUUUGCUUCACAAAGGCUACUAUCAUGCUGGAUAGUUAAGAACAGGAGAUGGCAGUGGAAAGGGAUUGCUUGUUACCACAGAGAAUUCUCUUCAAAUUAAGAUAUGUCUUUAGAAUGCUUGGACCAGUCGAUCUUUCGUACUUACUUGAAAAUAAAGGAACAAUUUAGCAGCUGCAAAUAUGCCCAAGCUAUUUUUGAUACACUAAACUUAUUGUUGACAAAUUUCAGCCUCCGUAAUUUUUUUUUGUAAUUACCUAUAGGCUUAAAAGUCAUUCAUUGCUUUUCUAGUAUAAUUAGUAGUUCCGUGAUUGAAAGUUUAUUGUAAUUCUACUAUCUUCAAAUUAGAUACAUUUUCAAAAGGAAAAAAAUAAUUUUUUAGAAACAUCUUAUAUUGACUAUUUCCUGAAAAAAAUCCAAGCAGUUAAGCUUUCUGGAUGGUAACAAAGUACCUUCUAAAAGAUAAGUGCUAUGACACCAUGUAUGAAUGUAAUUCUCUUAGUAAUUUACCUCUGACUAUUUGGUGUCUUAAUGCUUUGGUUUAUAUAAUCUCAGGGGUUGUCUGCAAACCAAAACUGACAUAUUCUGUGGUUAGCUUUUAUUACUUUUUUUUUUAACAGAAUGCUUUGCUUUGGUUCUAUUUCUUCUUUCUUCUUUUGUCUUAUGUGGAAUAACUAGUCUCCAUGAACUUCACUUGAAAGAGCCUGUGAAAGUUAGAUGAGUCUAAAAGUGCUCUUUGAAGUAGCAGCAAACUGGGAGUAUAUGCUCUGUUAUAUAGAAAUAAAUUGUCCUUGCUAUUUUCUUACAUUUAGCUUUGCUAAAUUGUAUAUACAUUGAGCUAAGACCUUAGGUAAUUCACUUUCUGCAUGAUAAAAUGACCCAAUAAAUAUUCCACUUUGCUUAA